CAGCUGAAUAAAAUCCUCCAUGUUGUGUUUGGGUCCAUAGAAGUGAAACUCCGGCCUUAUUCUGGCUUUAGCGUUGCACUUCCACAGAGCCAUGGCAUCAAGGUGAAGAAGAAGUGUUGAGAGAGUUUAGAUUUCCGACAUUUUUGAACGCAGCAUACUUUCCUUCCCUGUUGUUACGGAAGUGACGAACUCCCAGCUCAAACAUGUGCGUCCAGGAGCUACACGCAGAGGGGAGCUUUUAGUUGGGUUUAUCUGGACAUUAGUGGAAGCAGUAGAAGGAAAACUUGACCCACCGAGAGAAAUGAGUGAACCUGAACGCUACCCUCCCCCGGACUUCAGCUUCAUGCAGCCCCAGCAGCAGCAGCAGCAGCCCCGCUCCAGCAGCUUCCAUCCCAGCAUGUGGACCUGGGGAGAGACGCCCUCUGAGCCCAGCUGGAGCUACAACCAAGGCGGCUAUCAUCAUCCUGCUCCAUAUGGACCUAAACCUACAUUCAAUCAACAUUAUGCUGGUGAGUGGUAUCAAGCUGGAUAUCAGAACCACAGACCUCCCUACCAGUACAACAAAAAGGAUGGAGUUUACAAGCGGAUGAGGGGCAGAGGGAGAGGCAGAGGUAGAGGUAGAGGAUGGGGUAACAGAGGGUCCAGAGGGCAGCAUCAUCAGGGGCCACCCCCAUUAAAUGGCACUGCUGCAGAGGCCCCUAAACUAGUCAACCAUCUCUCCAAUGGAGGAGAUCCACUGGGAGUUCUGGCCAGUACUGAACACAGUUCUGAUAAAGAGGAACCGGAUCCAGAACGGAGCACAGGUGGUGUGGUUGUUCCCCCCAAACAGAUGAGCUCAGCUCUCGGGUCCUUAAUGGCUAACUAUGGUUCUUCCAGUGAUAGCGACGAGGAACCAGAUGCUGCUCCUAUUCUGAGAGCCAAGGAGGUGCUGCAAGAAAACCAGGCCAUCCUAAACGAGGAGAGACAACCUUCUGGGCAUGGUGGAGUCCCUGAACAUGUGGAAAAGGCCAGUGAGGCUCAUACAGUUCCUCAGCCGGUGUCUGGUCCUAACAUCUGGAACGACAGGAGAAAAAGAGGAGGGGGGAGAGGAGGCAGGGGGCGAAGAGGUCCAGAUGUGCCUCAGCCUCGGCGUGCAACGUUACUAGAAAUGUUAUUGGCCCCAGAUAUCCGCCAUGAGAGGAACGUUCUCCUGCAGUGUGUACGAUACGUUGUCCGCAACAACUUCUUCGGGCUGGAAAACAGACAUCGGGACCCAGAGGAGAUGAAGGACAGAAACUUACCGGCUUCUUCAACCGCUGAGAAAGAGCAGAGUGCAACAGAAGUACCUGCAUCUAAGUCGGACUCUACGGUUUCUGACGAAAGGCCUGAAGAGAGUCUGCCUGUCAGGGAGGACGGAGGUGAUGGAGAUUUAAGGAGGGAAUCUGUUGAAGGAACCGAAGAAGGUUCUGCAGAUUCUGUCCAAAGCGUUGAGGAGACGGACGGCGCUCCCAGCACAGAUCUCACCGGCACAAUAACAGAGACAUCUAAAGCUAAUAUGUAUGAUGAUGAAAUAUGGGAAACAGACGAGGCUGUUGCCGGAAAUACUUAGUUUAUUUUUAUUUUUAAUUUGAUUAAACUGUAUAAUUAUUUUUCUUGUAAAGUAAAUCAUUUAAUUUUGCUCAUUUUUUUUGCUGUAGGUUGAUUA